AUGGGAAAAGAGAAGGUUUAUGGUUCCACCCCUGCGCGGCCCCUUAUCCACUCUGACAAGAAGAAAGAAACAAUCGUGAACCAGGAAAAACUCACCAAACUGCCGGCACAAGCGUGCACUGGUGGGAAAGGAACUGCUCGCAGAAAGAAGGUGGUGGUUCAUAGAACAGCCACAGCAGAUGAUAAAAAACUUCAGUUCUCCUUAAAGAAGUUAGGGGUAAACAAUAUCUCUGGUAUUGAAGAGGUGAAUAUGUUUACAAACCAAGGAACAGUGAUCCACUCUAACAACCCUAAAGUGCAGGCAUCUCUGGCAGCGAACGCUUUCACCAUUACAGGUCAUGCUGAGACAAAGCAGCUGAUCUUAACCCAGCUCGGGGCAGACAGUCUGACUAGUUUAAGGAGCCUGGCUGAGGCUCUGCCCAAACAGUCUGUGGAUGGAAAAGCAGCACUUGCUACUAGAGAGGAAGAAGAUGAUGAUGAAGUUCCAGAUCUUGUGGAGAAUUUUGAUGAGGCUUCCAAGAUUGAGGCAAACUGA